AGCCGGAUUUAAGGAGUGUGUUGAGGUCCGUGUUCUUAAGCUCAUUUGUCACAACUUGCAACACCGCACCAACAUAGGCGGUUUUGUCUCUUGAGAGAAAGAGUGUGUCUGUGUUUGUGUUUGUGUGUGUGUGUUUAAGAGAGAGAAAGUGAGGGGGUCUGGGUGUGGGUGAGAAGUGAAAAACAAUGGGGAAAUCUACCUCUUGCUUCAAAAUUAUCACAUGUGGUAACGAUUCAGAGGACAAAGACGAUCUCGAAGCUCCUGAGAGCAAGGGUUCAAGUGACAAACGUGGAUGGAGUUUCCGGAAGAGGUCUGCACGGCAUCGAGUGCUAAGCAACACUGUGAUAACAGAAACCCCCGCUUCUGGACAUAAGGAGAUCCCAGAAUCUGCCACUCUUAAUUUCCAACCACCAGCUAGCACUACUGUGCCAGAGAAAAUAUCUGUAAUACAUUGCAGUGACGUGAAACCCCAGUUGUUAACUCCUGAGAACCCAAAAGUAUCUGAGACUGAACCAAAAGUAUCCGAGACUGAAGUGAAAGUAUCAGAAACUGAAAAUACCGCAGAAGAUCAAAGUGCAGUUGAGUGCAAACUGGAUGAGUCUGUUGUUAUUGUUGUCCAGACUGCUGUCAGAGGAUUAUUGGCUCAGAGAGCAUUUCUGGAGCUUAAGAAUGUCGUUAAGCUGCAAGCUGCUGUUCGUGGGCAUUUGGUCCGUAGGCAUGCUGUGGGAACUCUACGAUGUGUCCAAGCCCUUGUGAAAAUGCAAGCUUUUGUUCGUGCUCGCCAUGCUCGUCAGCUGCAUCGAGGUGGGGAGCAUGAGAAGGAUAACCAUAAUUCUAAGAUAUUGGAGAAGGAAAAUUUGGUAGCCAAAUCAAAUAUGACUUACACUUCAAUUGAAAAGCUACUUAGCAAUAGGUUUGCCCGCCAGUUGUUGGAAUCAUCACCGAAGACCAAACCUAUUCAUGUCAAGUGCGAUUCUUCUAAGCCCGAUUCUUCUUGGAAAUGGCUGGAGAGGUGGUCAUCAGUCUCAUCAGUUGAUACUCCAGAGUCAAAAAAAGUAGUGCCAGAAAUAGAGCAACAGGAAAGAGAAAAGGAAGAAAAUUCUGAGUCCCCUCUGGAAUCUAAAAUUCAAGAUGAUGUUCUUUGUGAGAUAUCAGACUCAAAGUCUAGCAUCAACGAAUCGAUUUUGCCAUCCGAAAGUGAAGAGAAUCUGAUUAUCUACGAUGCUGAAAACUUGAACUUUCAGGCAAGCCAUUCUACCUCUUAUUCUGUACGAGGUACUAUUGAGCAGCCUCGGGUGGAGAACCCCAGUACAUCUGAUGUGAAAGAGAUCUCAGCAGAGAUAAGUUUUCUCCCAAAUCAAAGUAUGCAACCAGAUGCAGAUUCUCAAAUGGAGCUCAAGUCUUUAUCUGGGAAGCCUGGAAUGGAAUUUGAACAACCUAAACGUUCUAUGAAAAGAUUAGCCUCAGAACAACUAGAAACUGAAGGGAAGAAAUCUGUAUUUGGAUCCAGGAAGUUGAGUAAUCCUGCAUUUGUUGCUGCUCAGUCGAAAUUUGAAGUGCUGAGUACAACAACCAAUUCAGGUAGAUCGAUCAGUCCAUCCCAUCAAGAUGAUGCUGCAGUUGAUUUACAGAGGGACACAUUCUCAGCUGGGGUGGAUACUGAAGUCAGGGCAAAGGAACUCAGCGUGGCAGAAAAUCCAGUCAUCCAUGGAUCAAGGGUUCAAGUUGGUGGAUCUGAGUGUGGCACUGAAAUCUCUAUUUCUUCCACUCUUGAUUCACCUGAUAGAUCUGAUGUUGGAGCUAUGGAGCAUGAACAUGAAACCAAAGUUUCAGUUGAUGGGAUUUGCAAUCCUAACACUGAUGUAGAUGUCCAAGCCAGAGAUGUGCCCACUAUCCCAUUCUCCAACUUAUCUGACCCAGUCUUGGAUCAGCCAGAAAAACUUGAUGUUGUUAAUGGUGAGCCCAUAAAUUCUGUGGUUGCUAUGGAGUCCCCAAAAAUAGAGUCUGAGCCAGAGAGAACGUCUGAUCUGCAGAGAGAACAGAACACUGAUGCUGGUAUUCAAGCAUAUGGGUCAUCCCCAGAAGCUUCUCCAAGAAGUCAUUUAACUGUUCCAGAAUCCCAAGGGACACCUUCUAGUCUGAUAUCAGUGAAAGCUAAAAGGAGUAAAGCUGAUAAGAGUGGCUCCAACCAAAAACGUAGGUCUGGGUCUGCAGGAAAGAAAUCUCCCUCUAAUCCAAAUCAUGAUUCUGGAUCAAGUAAAGAUCAGAAAAAUGGGAAGAGACGAAAUUCAUUUGGUUCAGCCCGACCUGUGGAACACGGUGAUCAAGAACCAAGAGAUAGCAGCAGUAAUAGUUCUAUCCCACAUUUCAUGCAAGCAACAGAAUCUGCUAGAGCAAAGCUUCAAGCAAAUACCUCCCCUAGAUCAAGUCCAGAUGUGCAAGACAGAGACAUUUACAUCAAGAAACGACAUUCCUUACCUGGUGCAAAUGGAAGGCAGGGGUCUCCGCGCAUCCAGCGGUCAAUGUCUCAAGCACAGCAGGGUGCAAAGGGAAAUGAGAGAAAAUGGAACAGGUGAAGAGUUGAAGGAAUCAGACAUCUCAAAGACAACGGUGGCAGAUGACCAGUUCUUAACAGGAAAUUUGGAGUCUGUUGAUUACAUGACUGGUAGCUACUUAAGAUUGUAACUAGCUUUUUUCCACUUCGAUAGCAACUUAGUUAACCCACUCUAGUUAUUGGGGUUUUUUUUUUCUUUCUAUAAAUAUAAGAAAGUGAGCGACUUUUUCAUGUACAUUUUUUUUUUGCUGCUAUAAUUGUUUUCUGUAACUUCUUCCAAAUGGUAUAAUCUGCGUGUGAUAUUAUUUGGGUCUAGUACAGAUGCUUUGGCUUGGUUAUCCAAAGUUUGAGGCAAGUAUAAGGUAAAAGCUUUUGAAAGCUUUUUGCCAGGUGUGGUGUUAUUGUAAUAAAACUGAAUUUUCUUUA